GGAAAAAUUAAUUCUGAAUCUUUGUGAUGAGGCAGGCCCAAAUAAUCAAAACACUAGGAGUAUAAUCUGUAAAAUUAUUUCCACGUACAGUUCCAAACAUGAAUCAACAUUGAGUCCUCCAACCCAAAGAGGAUUUGACGUAGUCUGGGCUUUCAAGUUCUACCAGGACUUCUAUUCGAUCGUAUUAGCCAGAUCCAAACUCCUUGAAUAACAUCUAUAAAUACCAAUCGAGAACUCAUUCUCUGCAUCUGCAAUUCUCGAGUACAGAGAUUUAGAAGCCUACGAAAGAGAGAGAUCAGCCUUUUGGAAGGUAUAAUCACUUUCAUGUUUUUCUUUUGAACCCCUUUCUUUUCUUUAUCAAAUUGCAGGUCAGCGGCAAUCUUCUCGGCGGACCCAAGCUUCACCGCAGGUUGUUGCUAGAGAAGAAGGUCUGGCCGAGGCUGAGGGUCGCCGUUCUAAUUUACCGGAGAGGGGAAAACCGGAGUGCUCUUUUCCAUCGCCGCAAGAGACCGAAGCUGAUUUUGUUGUUGAUGUCGUUCGCUGGAGAGAGAGGAUAUUGCUUCGUUGGCGGAGGUCGGUAGUUUUCUGGCCGAGUUUUGUUGAUGCAACAGUACAAAGUCUAUCCAAGAAGGUUAAAGCAGAGGGGAAUUCGUCGCUGUCCAAGAAGCAGGUGAUUCAAAGAAGAGGUGGAUGAAGGAACCGGUUCCGACGUAGGUCGUUCAAAGAAGUGGGCAUCGAAGGAGUCAAACCAUAAGAGGCUGCCCAAAGAAGAAAACAAUGAAGGAUCCCAUCCAUAGCAGGCUACCUAAACAACGAAGGAUUCCAUCCAUAGAAGGCUACCCAAAGAAGAAAAACAAUGAAGGACUCCAUCCAUAGCAGGCUGCCCAAACAAUGAAGGACUUCAUCCAUAGCAGGCUGCCCAAAGAAGGAAAACAAUAAAGGACUCCAUCCAUAGCAGGCUGCCCAAACAAUGAAGGAUUCCAUCCAUAGCAGGCUGCUCAAAGAAGAAAAACAAUGAAGGACUCCAUCCAUAGCAGGCUGCCCAAAGAAGAAAACAAUGAAGGUGACAGUCCCCUAGUAGGUUGCCAUGUUGUCGCCGGAGCAAAUAAUGAGGCCAUUGUUGUAGGAGGUUGGUGAUCGGAGACUGAUUCGAUGCCGAUGAUGCAGGCUUUUCUUUGCUAAAGCAGUUCAUUAAUGAAGAGCUCGAUUGAUUAUUAGACCGUCGUACCCUUUGCGUGAAGUUGGUCAGAGAAGAGCAAAUCAAAGAGCCUUCUCGUUCCCACGAGGAAGCUGGGACCUAGUGUCAAUAAAUAUUGGGCUUUAAUCAUACAAAACCUGUUUAGGAUUUUAGCCUUCCCAGUUUUAAAGGCUCGUGCUAUUUUCCAUAAAUGGGCGGGUUUACAUUAUGAAGAGGCCCAAUUUUCUGCUAUUUCAAGUGAUAUGGCAUUAUUCAUCGGAGAGGAAGGAGCUUGGCCGAUUUCUUCUAUAUUUUCUCCAUGAAACUGAUCAAUUGAAUCUGAGAUUAAUUACCACCACUGAGUUGCCCCCCUUUUAUUAUUAUUAUUAUUAUUAUUAUUUUAUUGUAUUUUUUUAAUAACAAUAAUAAUAAUAAUAAUGACCUUCUCUCCCUUUUUUUUUUGCAGAACAAGAUGAUACAGUUUAGAGACAUAAAGCGUGGAAACAAAAAGUAUCUCUCUGUAUCGACGGACAAGAAGAGUGACGAUGAGAUUCUCUUAGAGGUGUAUAAGCCAUUUGCUCGUGAGUUUUGGGGCGCAACUGUGGUUUCCUACCGAAUCACAGACUGGACUCCUGAGUGUGAGUAUCAAGCUCAAACAAUGCGGACUUUAGUAUCUGGCUUUCCUUACAAGCCAUCUUCUGCGAUUCUUCCUUCUUUGGGUAGGCGUAUCAUUGAUGAAAACCUCCCUUUGACAAAGUCCUUAUCAUUUGGUGGCGAGUUUAGAUUCAUCACAGGUUAUUGGGACUGGGCUGAAGACGUUUUGAGUCUGAGUAAAAACGUUCUGGAGGAGGGGCUUAUUUAUGAUGCCAUUUAUGCCUCUUUGUUCACGUAUGAUCGGUGUACGAACGCUAUGCAAGCAUUCUGCGAGGCGUGGUGUCCGACAACGAAUACUUUGCUUACGUCAAUUGGCGAAUUGACGAUCACGCUUUGGGACUUGCACGUUAUUGGAGGAUUGCCUAUCAUAGGAGAUGCAUAUGAUGAAUCUAUUCCUGGCGCCUCCGAUUUGUUAAAUAAGAGCAAUGACCGUUCACUUCAGCUCUGCAAAUACUUGCUUCACGCAUAUCAUCAUCUUCUUCCGAAAACCGAAGAUAAAUGUGUUUUGCGUGUCCAUUCAUGGGUCAAAUUCUGGUUCAAGAAGGCCUCCAAAUAUACUAUGCCUCCAUUGAGAACCGAAAAGAAACGAACAUCUCGUGCUAAGGCGACCCAUAAUCCGAGUGGAGCUAUUCCAAAAUUUGGAGGGUGGUCGAAUUCUACGAGGGUACCUUUUGAUGUUUUGAAGAUUCCUGCUGAGUAUGAGGAAGAGAUCUACUUGGCGUCAUUUUUAUCAUGUUGGCUUUGUGUAUUCGUCUUGCCGCAUGAAGGUCCUAGAGCUAUUCGCCCAGAAACUUUUAAAGUUGCUUGCAUGAUGGCUCAAGGGAAGCGGAUAUGUCUUGCAGUCCCAGUUCUUGCUAGUAUUUAUCAUGGGCUCAAUCAGAUCUCGAAUGCUCCAACUCCUUAUCAAGUUAGAACGUGUUUUCCUGCUCACUAUGUUUAUGGGUGGCUGGCAUCAUACUUUGAUACACAUUUUAAGAAUGAGAUUCAGUCUACGACGCCAUCGAUGAUUUCUUAUUCGGGAGAAGGUGGAGCGAGAUCCCUUGAAAAGAGAGCUGCACGCAGGAGAAUUUUCCAGGGAGAUGUAUCAGCAUGGGUGUGUUCUACGCAUUGGAGAAUGAAAGAGUAUACAUUCUUUGAUGGAGAUAAUCCCCCAGAAGUUGAAUUGGCGCUUUUUAGAAGUCUUCGGUCUAAUUACCUCAUAUUACGCUAUCAAAAUCAUUGUAUUGCCGAGCCUUACACUCCUCAUCGAUUUGGUCGUCAGUUCGGGUACUUUCAAGCUUAUGCUCCUGGUUUUCUUGAGAGACAUAACCGACGUGUUUCACUUUCCGAUGGAUCUCGAUUUUGGCUGCAAUUUGAGCAUGGCUCGUCUGUGGCGAAAGCAGUGUUUCCAACUCCUCCGACUCUUCCGGCAAAGUAUUAUUCCUUGGAGUAUAAAGAAUGGUGGAAUCAAGUUCACGGUAACUACCUCGAGAAUCAUGUGAGUGACUUGAUCAGGAUUUGCGAUCUUGCUGUUGGCGAUGUGAUCACCCCUUUGGAUCCCGUGACUUUAGUCUUCAAGAAGAAUAAGAAGGUACCUGAUACUGAAGCUAAGUCUUUGCCCCAGAAAAAGGCUAAACUUGCAGCACCUAGGGCUGAAGUCUUGAUCAAGGAUGUUGAGACAGAAACACCUUCUGCCAAGGUGAGUGAGAAUCAAGUUCUUGAGAAACAGAGUAACGAUGAUAGGAAUUGGAAGCAUCUUCAGAGAAAACCUCAUCCUGGGCCACUGAGGAUUCAUCCAAUCCUUGAUGACGCUAGUUCUUCAAAUCAUGUUUCUUCAUCUAGCUCAAGUGAAGGAGAAACUGAUGAUCAUGACACCGUUGCGGGGUUGAUGGCAAAAGUUGCCCCCAGUAAUUGCAAAGAAGUUCCAAUCAACGAGAUACUGAAAUCCCCUCCUGCGAAACCAGCUGUAUCCAUUUUUCAAGCAGAGAACUACUUCUUUACUUUGUAUAAGCGGUUCCUUAUUGAAACUUGGGGCGGUAUUCAAAAGAAGUUAGAAAAGGCUACAGCAGAGAACGUCUCUUCUCUUCGAGAGGAUGUUCAGAGUUGUGUUAUCCUGAUGGAGAAGGACGGUAUUGACCUUUCCGUGUUGAAGACAAGAGUGAAGAAUUUCUUUGAAAGAGCACAAGCAUUUGAUCAAAAGUGCUCGACUAUUGCUGACAGGGUUCCUACGGAGAAGCAGUCUCGGGAAUUGGCUAUGUCGCAAGCUUUUUGUGCAGAUAUUGAAGCUAAGAGAUCUCAAAAUCAAGUCGCAUUACUUGAUGAUGAGAAAUCUCUAAAUGAAAUCAAGAAGAAGAUAGCCUUAUUGGAAGCCGAAGCUAAGGAAGUAGAAGUUUUGAUUUCCCAGCGUCAUGCAGAGGCUAGUGACUUGGAUGCAGCUCUUACGAAGGCCAAGGAGGAAUCUUCACGGAUUUUGAAGACUAUCAAAGCAUCAGACGAAGAUCAACUUGCUUUAAGUACCCAGAAGAAGGAGCUAGAGG